UGCUACACGCAUGCGCUGUGUAUUGAGUUUUUCGCGGGACGACACAGGGAAGUCUUAAGCACUGCUGUCACUGCGCCACAGUGUUCAUAACAUUUAAUAUUUCAUUUUAAUUAUCUUUAAUAACAAGGAACCAACAUGUGGAACCAGGGAGGAUACACUGAUUCAAGCAUGGGUGGAGGUUACACUCAGUCUCCAGGAGGAUUUGCAUCACCUGCUGCAUCUCAGGGAGGAGAAAAGAAAGGAAGGACCCGUGCCAACCAGAUCAUCCCCUGCACAGUGUCCCAGCUGAUGUCUGCCUCCCAGGCUGACGAGGCCUUCAGAGUAGGAGAUGUGGAAGUGGCCCAGGUUACUAUUGUGGGAAUCAUCAGGAGCACAGACAAGUCCAUGACCAACAUCCAGUACAAGGUGGACGACAUGACGGGAGCUCCAAUGGAUGUGAAGCAGUGGGUCGACACUGAGGACCCCGGAGUGGACAGCGCCGUCCUGCCUCCAGGGACGUACGUCAAAGUCUCUGGCAACCUGCGCUCCUUCCAGAACCACAGAUCAGUGGUGGCGUUCAGUGUCCGUCCCCUGGAGGACAUGAAUGAGAUCACCUCCCACAUGCUGGAGGUGGUCCAGGCUCACAUGGCGCUCAGCAAACCCAACACCAUGUCUGGUGCUGGAGGAGGAAUGAGCAGCAACAUCACGUCAAUGUCCAAACCAGGUCUGACCAACACAGGAGGGAGCUACGCAGGAGCCAUGGACAUGGCCAACAAUGGGUUGAGUGGAAACCAGAAUCAGGUGCUGAGUUUGAUACGAGGCUGCCCGGAUCCACAGGGAAUCAGCAUCUACGACGUAAAACAGAGGCUCGGCACCAUGAGUAUGGCUAUCAUAAAGCAGGCUGUGGAUUUCCUAAGCAACGAAGGCCACAUAUUCUCCACCAUCGACGAAGAUCACUACAAAUCAACAGACAGCGAUAAUUAAGACUCCUCCAUCUUUCUGCCACCAGUUAUUUGAGUUUCACCUGAUAGAAGUUAUUAUCAGGUUUUAUAACUCAAAGUCAUCCUGUAAAUCCUUCUGUCUUUAAUAGACUGUGAUGUCUCUGUGGUCGGCGUUGUUUGAAGAACACAUGGUUUAAAGCGAAACCUUUUUUGGUUUACUGUAUCCCUGAGGUUGCUUCUGCUAUUUUGCAACUCCCGAAGGUGUUGCUGUCGAGGUGGCCGUUGUUAAAGCAGUUAAAUACUGUUGUUCUAUAUUUCCCACUUCCAUGGCAAAGAAUUGUGUAAUUUUAAAGUUUGUAAUACAAGCACUCAAUUUAUUUUUUUUGUCUCUGUUGCCACAAUUAAAAUAUUCUACAAAGUACAGUUA